AUGGGAAAUCGGAAAUCCUGCUCUUUUCUUGGCUGGGCACAAAUUAACCCUUCCAGUGACUGUCAGCAUCUAAAAGGAUGCCUCGGAGACGCAGAGGGCUGUGGCCCGGCCGAGCCCAGCUCCAAAGGCCUGGACCCAGGCGGGGCCCGCGGAGGACCAAACGGAAGGCAGGCCCCGGAGGGCUCAGACCAUUCACCUGCCGCAGGUCGCUGUCGCCCGUCCGCCAGCCGCCUGUCAGUGUGCCGGUCAGCGACUCCCUCAGGCGCAGCUGUCCCGGCAGCCCAGCGGGCGGGCGCGGGACCAGCACUACGUCAGCACGCAGCGCGGGGUGGGGCCUGCCGAGGACACGCCCUUGCGGGAGGCCGGAAGCGCAGCACUCGGGCUCUGCUCAGCGCGGGAAAGCUACUGGCUGAUCUGGCCAAGCGCUUGGGCCUCCGCUGUGUGGUCGACUGUGGCCUGGAGAACACCAAGAAGGUGACGGCCGGGAGAUUGACCGCCGCGCGCUUUGACUGCAAAGGGGAGUUGCAGGAAUAUUUCCAGGACAUCGGUGUUCCCGUGACCAGUGUGCGGCUGCCCUGCUAGUUCGAGAACGUCCUCUCCCACUUCUUGCCCCAGAAAGUCCCAGAAGGAAAGAGCUACUUGCCGAGCUUGCCCGUAGGUCACGUUCCCAUGGGUGGCAUGUCCGUGUCCGACCUGGGUCCCGUGGUGCUCAGCCUGCUGAAGAUACCGGAAAAAUACGUCGGCCCGAACAUCAGGCUGAGGACUUGCAGACUCACGGCCGAGGAGCACGCUGCCCUGCUCGCCAAGCACACCCGCGAGGUCGUGGACGACACCGAGAUGACUCCUGAGGACUCCGAAAAGCUUGGCUUCCCCGGGGCCCGGGACCUGGCCAACAUGUUCCCUUUCUAUGCCCUGAGACCCGACUGUGGCAUCGAGCUGACCCUGAGACUCAACCCCAAGUUCCUAACGCUGGACCGGUGGCUGGAACAGCACAAAGGGGAAUUCGCCCUGCUGUGA